AUGCCAUUGAAAAAUAAUAUCACCAUCUACAGGGAUGUGUUCAGGUUAGCUCCGACAUAAAUAUAUGUUGUAGUUAAUUUUUUAUUUCAGUUAAUUUUUAUUUUUCCAUUGUUUUGGGGUAUGGUAAUGUAUGCUAAUGAAUUUAAAACAAUGGAAAAACAAAAAUUAACUGAAAUUAAAAAUUAACUGCAACAUAUAAUUAUAUUAUUUGCACAUUUUGCAGGUUAGAAAAACCCUCAAAACUUCUCACUUGAAUUAAAAGGUACAAUUUAAUGAUACUUCAUCCACUUGUUCUAUUAUUAAGAAAACCAUACUACGUCAUGGUUUGUUUGACCAAGUGAGAGUGGACCAUGGGAGGGAAGUUUAUUUAGUGCUGACGGUUCAGGAUCACUCAAAGGAGUUACGGAAUAAUACAUCUAGACAGCCGUACAUACAAACACAGUCAAAGCAGGUACGUGGUAAUAUAAAGGGGAGGAGAAAUGAACCGGUUAUUUUCUAACGUGAUCCGUGGGCGUGGACCUGAAAAACCCAAUUUUCGCAGGUUUUCUAAACAAGGUGUUAAAGAAAAUGAAACUCCUUAAGAGCAGGUUGGAAAGCUGACGUUUUCAGUGCUAGCCCGUCGUCAACAAUAACUUUAGGCUGCAAGUCCUCCGUGACACAUUCUUGCCUAGGAGGACCUGGGACACAGGAUUUGAAGUCCUAGAUUUUAGGAAUUCCGGUUAUUUCCGAUUCAAAAGUAAGUUGGAGGAUUCUCUUUUAUUAGCUUUGAAUCACCUAAAUUAACAGGCUUUGACACUUUGGAAAGAGCAACCGAACGCUAUCAGAACCGUUGUAAAAAAUCAGAAAUGACCCGGAAAGCCCUAAAAUCUAGGACUUCCCAUCCUCGGAGACCCCAGGGGCAGAUAAAGGGGGCGAGGGAAAGUCUAAACGGGCGGAAAUAUAUAUAUGGAAGGAAGAAAAGUAAAGAACGGCGAGAAGAGCUCUUCUCGCCGUUCUUUACUUUUCUUCGUGCCACAUUUUUCCGCCCGUUUAGACUUUCCCUCGCCCCCACUAUCUGCCCCUGGGUCUCCGAGGAUGAGGACUUCCGACACUCCUGACCCUCGUGCUCAGGCCCCCAGGAGUCUUUGGCGAGUCUAGUAUUGAUAAGUAUUUGUUUUACUAUUAUAAUUCUUAAUAAAAGAACCAUGCUGUGGAACGGCUCUGGGUAGAGGUUAACUGUCGCACAAACUAUCCUAUAAAGAGAGCACUCGUUCAAAUGGAAAACGAUGGUGUCAUUGAUAUGGAGGAUGAAGCAACAAAGUUCUGUGUCUCUUGGGUGGCGAAGAAAGUAGUGGAAGUAGGACUGAGCUACGUGGUCAACUCAUGGAAUUCACACCCCAUUCCAGGUAAGGAGUCCUACUGUAAAAAAAAUAUAUAACAAUAAAAAAAAAUAGCAAUAUUAAAAACAGACUAAAAUCAUAAUGUUCCAUUGGAUGAAACACACGUUCGCGUACGGCUCAGCUAUUGCUGUAAGUCGUUGGACUAUUUCGUUCGCUUGGCAAGUGAGUUGGCAAGCGAUAACCCAUUGAUACACGGGACAUUUUUAUAACCCGCGUGGGGAAUUCUCCCUGAAAUGAAUUAAGGAUAACCCUUCCUGAUUAGUCAUACUAUUUUUUCAAAAAGUAGAAUAGAAACGUGAAUGCGAUUGUCUACAGAUCUCUAACCGCAGAGACUUCCCUUAUAAGCGGGUAGCUAAUUUAUGUAUGUCGACAGUUUAGUCCAGAAGAAUAGUAGCUCAGAUCUUUAACUGACACCAACUUACUUUAAAAUUGUGAAGGUAAAGGUGUUCCACUACAACGACGAUGUACUAACAACAAGGCCGCUCCAGUUGACGGCAAUGUAGUACCAACAGUCGAAGCAGCUGUGCAGAUGUUUCGCGGCGAUUUGACUCAAGAACACUUCUUUGGAAGCGAUCCUUUGGCGGCCAAUAUUUCAAAAGCAGAUGCCAGAGAAAGAGAGUUCACAAAAUACUUUCCGAGUUUCAAAGUAUUGUUUAAUGAAAUUGCCAAUACGAACUAUAACCCUUUCCAAGAUGCUGUACUGUACUUUUUGAGGCUCACAGAUUAUCUCGCUCGCGCUUGA